CAAGUCUUAUCACCAACACAAAAAAUCACACGGAAAAGUUGAAACCCCGCGUUUUCUCUCUCAUCUUUCUAUCUCCCACGGCGUUUACCAGUCUCUUGUCUGCUACUCUGCUCUCUCUCUUUCUCUCUCAUCACCGCCGCCGGCGAUUUCAUUUCACUUUCUUCCCCAUUUCCUGAGCUCUACCAAAUUGCGCCGGUGCGUUCCGAAAGAUUAGGAAAUUCCAACGGAUUACUGUUGCUACUUCAAUUCUGCCUUUGAGCAAUUGGCGUACCGCUACAUGGAUCGAGCUCGACCUUGGAAUCGAGAUGCAUCGGUUACCUUCGAUCUUGGUUCCUAAGAAGCGCAUGGACUCCAAGUCAAGACGCGGAUCUAAAUCAGCUGCCGCCAAGCCUUCGCCGAAGCUCGAGCGCAGCAUCGCUCUGAGGAAUGUCGACUACGAGCCGUCUACCUCAUCUUCUUCCGGGGAUGGCUCCACUUCCCGUACUGGCCGGUCGCUGGAGCUGGACAGUAAGUGGAGCCGAUCGCUGGAACUGGACGGCAGUAAGAGUAUCCGAAUCGACGGCUCCGGUGGCGAAAUUGACGAUGUUUUCAGAUGUUUGGCCCGUUUGGGGGUUUCUAUGGAGGACUUCGAGAUUCCCGUCGCUAAAUUGGAGGCCUCGAAUUCGAGCUCGUCUUCGGAUACCCCUCCCCCUGUUAAAGAUAGUCUGAGAAUUGAGGCUGAUGAUUCUGAAAAUUCUAAGAUUCGUAUUGAAAGUAAAAGUCAUAUUGAUUGUGAUAUUGGUGGCAUCGUCUCGUGCCAGAAGGCUGCGGUUUGUGGAAUAGUAAGUAGAUUAGGUGAUAGUGUUAGGAGUAAUAAUGUCAUUUCCAAUGAAACCGAGCCUUCCAUAUUAAUUCCUUGUAAUGAUGGUGGUGGAGGCAUUAAAGGUGCCAGGCCUCCUAUUCUGGCUCCUCCACCGUUUAGGUCAUUACCAGUCCCUGAUGAUGCAUGUUCAACGUGGGAUAUUGUGAAUUCGUUUGGGCCCAAGGAUGACGGGGAAUUGGGUUUUACGCUUCGAACCCUUCGGGGUGUUCAGAAUGAUGCCGGGGAAGAUGAGGAGGUGGAAAAUGAUGUAGGGACAAGAAUAAUGAACGGUGUGCUCUCAGCAUCAUGUUCAUUUACCUCAAAUUCUAACGAUGAUGAUUGUUCUAGCACCACCACUGAGCCUAUGUCUGUCGUCUCUCCGAAUGGAAAAUACAUGCGCAUUAUUACGGGUUGGCAGAAGGGUCAACCCUUGGGAAGUGGAUCAUUCGGAACAGUCUAUGAAGGCAUUGCAGAUGGUGGCUUCUUUUUCGCGGUGAAGGAAGUGUCUUUGCUUGAGCAAGGUGAGGAGGGAAGGCAACGCAUUUACCAACUUGAACAGGAGAUUGAUCUCUUAAGGCAGUUUGAACAUGAGAACAUCGUCCAAUAUUAUGGUACAGAGAAGGAUGGUUCAAAACUAUAUAUUUUUCUUGAGCUGGUAUCUCAGGGAUCACUUUUGAAGCUGUAUAAAAAGUAUAAGCUUCAAGAUUCCCAGGUAUCUGCUUACACAAGGCAGAUUUUGCAUGGGCUGAAGUAUUUACACAAUCAAAAUGUUAUCCACAGGGAUAUUAAAUGCGCAAACAUAUUGGUGGAUACUACUGGGUUAGUAAAACUUGCAGAUUUUGGCCUUGCAAAGGCCACUAAACUGAAUAAUGUGAAGUCUUGCAAGGGCACUCCCUUCUGGAUGGCUCCUGAGGUUGUUAAUCCGAGGAGUGGUGGCUAUGGUCUUUCUGCAGACAUAUGGAGCCUUGGCUGCACUGUCUUGGAGAUGCUUACAAGCCAGUUCCCUUACUCCACUCUAGAAAAUCCCAUGCAGGCACUGUAUAAGAUUGGACAGGGUGAGCCACCUCAUGUGCCUAAUACGCUCUCAAAGGAUGCACGAAACUUUAUACAUAAGUGUCUUCAAGUAGACCCAAAUUGUCGUCCAAAUGCUUCUCAGUUACUGGACCACCCAUUCGUGAAACGACCACUUACCUCAUCCUCAGGUUCAGCUUCUCCUCGCUAUAUAGGCAGGCGGCUUUGAGAAGUGUUGCUGCAAGUACAAAUGAUGGCUAUGCUGCUUCCCCAGAGGCACCGUGCUUGAGCUGCUGGCUGGCUGGCGCUAUUUGAUUUCGGCUGUGAAUAAAUGUUACCACGGUUGAGGCUAGGUUGUUGGCAGUUGUGAGAGUAUAUUUUUAUUAUUUACAAUUCUUUUUACGUUAUAGUUAGUGUGGCCUAUUAUUUGUUUUUUUGUCCCUGGUUUUUCAUGGGUCUUAGAGAUCAAAUGUCAAAGUAUGAAUUGUAUAUAUGUAGCUAGGCUUUGUCUUUGGGUGAGAAAUGUAGAUUUUCUUGUACGAUUAGGGUGUUUAAUUUAUUGUAACUUGUUCAAAUUAGCAAUUUAUAUCAUGGAUCAGGGUUCACAUA